AUGAAAGGUUCCUACUUGCACGAAUUGGUACAGAAACGCUCACAAGAUGUGGAAACUAGACUAAAGCUUAUUAUUAAACACAGUAUGACUCAAGUUUCGAAUAAUUGUGAGGAAUAUAAAAAACUUACGGAAGACGAAACUCUACAACGAAUGCCAUCAUCACGAGAUCACAAAUCUUUCCAAUACAAAGACUUUCUUCCAUUCGAAUGUCAUGAAAUUAGAAAGAUGUGUGGCAUGACAGAGAGAGAAUUCUUCAUGUCCAUUCAAGAAUCCACCUUUUCUUUCGAAUUCCACAAAGAUUUAGAAAAUAAGAAAUGUUUCGUCCAAAGCAUGACGAAAGAUUCCAAAUUCUUCAUCAAAUCAGUUACCAAAAUGGAAGCAAAAGAAAUCAGAUCCACCAUCAUUCCAUCUCUCAUUAAGGAAAUGAAAAAAUCACGAAAUAUUACCAUUGCGCCAAUUAUGGGUUUAUUCAAAAUUAUUGUAAACAAGAAAACUAUUCGAUUUGUGGUAACUUUGAACUUUUUCAAGCCAGCUGAGGAUUUUAUUGAAGCACUUUCGUUUGAUGAGAGCAAGUCAAUUUCCUAUUCGAAUGAUUCAUUGAAUUCGUAUAAACAACAUCAACAGUAUUCGUUGAGUGUAAAUAGAAAUGAAGAUUUGGCGGGAAAUGAUUCGAAUAACUUGUCGAGGAAGAGUCAAUGGUUGAAAUCCCAUAGAUUUUCAAUCCAAGUGAAUGAUUUAAACAAAUUGAAGGAAUCUUGGAGUGAGUUGUAUUAA